ACAAGAGCUUUCGGACGACCACAUGUACGGACCAACCCUUGCAACCAUUGGAGACUUUGAGCCGAUCGGACCGUCCCGAAGAAGCCACCGCUGGACCGGUCACGAAGCCCGUGACCGGGGUGACCCCUUGUGUCCAGACCGGCCACGAGGCACACCAACCGGUCUGGCCCCUGCCCGACCUUUACACGUCUUCCGCCACGCCGUUCGAUCCUCUGGAGAUCAAAUCAUUGGGAGACACCAUUCGCCACGUCAUGGAGCUGCAAACCAUGAUGGAGAGUACUGCUAUUCACAAGAAGUGAUGAGCGUAGACGUUCACCCGAACAACUACCCUUUUCGCAACUAUGUUCCUGACAAUCCUGUUGGGGAAGAAGAAAGGAGAACCAAGAGUCAUAACUUGUCUGAAGAUUCAUCAUCUUCUUUCAGUUCAGAUAUCUCAUCAUAUAGUCCCAUCACUCAACCUCCUAGACCGCCUACUCCCAUGCCUAAUCUGGAAGAGUUUCUUGCUGCUAAUCCCAUGCAAAGGUUUCCAGGAUCAAGUUCUUCUUCUCAUCUAAUUUCAUUAGACUCUACCUCCAUGCAAGAUUUUAAAGCUAAAUCUAAGUAUGAAAUUGCAGAAAACUCUAAAAGAAAGAAAGGCAAGAACAUCAUUGAUGAUGAUGAUAGAAAUACCCGUCAAUGCAGGAAGAACAAUGGUGUGAGGUUUUAUCCGGUGGAUCAUCAUCCACCAUGAGGUCCUCAAGAUAAUCAUCAAUCGUAGAGACUAAAUAGCCAUUGGUCUCUCAGAUUUUCUGAGUGUGGUUAAGUUUGUUUAUCUUUUUUAGGUAAUAAUUUCUACUUGUUUGACUGAGUGGAUGGCUGCUGGAAAUCACUUUUUGCUGUAGCGGUUAUGGUUUAAUGGUGUGGAAGCUUGGUCUGGGACGAAAUUCCUGCCGGCCUUGGUGAAUUUUUUGAAGAUGUUGGGAUGAGAAAGAAGCUAUCAUAACAAAAGCUCAUGAUGCAU